AUGAACUACUCCAUAGACAACAACGUAUCCUCAUCAGCAUUGAGAAAGAGGAAGAUCCUCAAAAAAUCAAUCAACUUUUCCAUUAUGAUUGUUGGUGAGAGUGGCUUAGGUAGAUCAACAUUGAUAAACACAUUAUGUGGUGGUAACUCAAUUGUCCCUACAUCAUCCACGAUAAAUGAAGACCCAUAUACCAAAAAAUUGACUUUGAGGCAUGAAAAUGUCGAAUUAGAAGACAAUGAUGGCCACAAGAUUAGUCUUAAUAUUAUUGAUACCCCCAAUUUUGCCAAUCAAAUCAAUUGCGGUGAAGAUUUUCGCGUCAUUGUUGAUUUUAUCCGUCACCAAUUUGAUGAAGUAUUAUUGGAGGAAUCGAGAGUUAAACGUAAUCCAAGGUUCAAAGAUGGAAGAAUUCAUAUAUUGAUUUAUCUUGUUAACCCCACUGGCCAUGGAUUAUCGGAAAUUGAUGUUAAAUUUUUGAAACAUGUCAACAACUUGGUUAACAUAAUACCAGUUAUUGCUAAAGCUGAUUCUUUAACUAGAGAGGAAUUACAAUUGAACAAGAGGUUGAUUUUGGAGGAUUUAAACAAUUAUGACAUCAAUUAUUAUCGAUUCAAUGAAUAUGAAUAUGAAAAGGAUUAUAUUGAUGAUGAAAUUAUUGAGUAUAACAAAUAUUUGAAUUCAUUGUUACCAUUUGCCAUUAUUGGAGCUAAUGAGUACAAAAGAAAUUUGAAUUUUUCAAAUCCCAAAACUGGAGAACCCAAUCAGGGCGGUGAAGACGAAGAUGACGAUUCCGAAGAGAUUAUAAAAUUGCGCGUUUUGCACAAGGACUUGAAACCUAUAAAUGUUGACAACCCCGACACCAAUGAUUUCACAAUUUUGAAAAAUGUCUUGUUGAUCACCCAUUUGAAUGAGUUUAAAGACAUCACUCAUGAUCAAAUUUACGAAAAUUAUAGAACUGAAGCAUUAUCAGGUAAACAAUUCCAUUACAUGAAUAACAACAACUCUGAGGAUGGAAGUUACAACACAUACAAUAGCAGUAGCCACAAUUUAGCUGAUAGUCAAUAUGGUAAUGGAAGCAAUGGUCAUGGAACAAAUGGAAGUGGAAUACACAAUCAUAAUCAUAAUACUUCUCAUGGAUCGCAUUAUGACAAAUCAUUUAAUGGUAAUGGUAAUGGCAAUGGUAAUGGCAAUGGCACCGAUGUGGGUGCCUCUACUGGUAAUGGAGGUGGAUCUGAUUACUUGUUGAAAGAAGAACAGAUUAAAUUGGAGGAAGAACGAUUGAAAAAAUUUGAAGAACGUGUUCAUCAGGAUUUAAUUACAAAGAGACAAGAAUUAUUGGAUCGAGAAAAUGAGUUGAAGGAAAUUGAGAAAAGAUUACUUGCCGAAGGAUUGAAGUUGAAUGAACAUGGAGAAGUUGUUAAAGUAGAGGAUUAG